AUGGAACAGGGUCAGUAUGGAGCCACCAAUUACGAUGAUCCAGAUGGAAAGUACAAUUUGCACUUUACGUAAGUUCGCGGAUUCGAUAAAAUGUUGCAUUUCUCACAAAAACCCAACUUGCAGACAACAAUCAGUGCGAGCGGCGUUCGUCCGAAAAGUGUUCACCCUGGUCACCAUAAUGUUCGCUAUCACUGCCGCCUUCUGUGUCGUCCCCAUGGUCUCCGAGCCUUUUCGUGAUUGGGCUUUCAACAAUUUCUGGGUCUAUAUUAUUGCCAUGUAAGUCUUAUUCUUGGAGAAAAUCACCAGAGCUGGGCAAAUUUCGGCGCGGGCUUUGUGAAGGCUUUUGACCCGUUUGCAAUGAUCCGAUAGGGCCCAAACUCAACAGGCCUCUUGGACAUGGAUUGAAGUAUAUUGGGUCCGAGUUUCAGACCAAACGGAUCAUCCGGUCCCGAGAUAUACUAGAUUGAGGCCAAAAAGGCCGGGUUUUUGCGAAAAUUACACAAAUCUCGGGACCAGAUGAUCCGAUCGGUCUGAAACUCGAACCCAAUAUACUUCAAUCCACGUCCAAGAAGCCUAUUGUGUUUGGGGCCCAUCGGAUCAUUGCAAGUGGACCAAAAGUCCAGGCCUCCAAAAGCCGGGGCCAAAAUUUGCGCAGCCCUGAAAAUCAGACACAUUUCAGAGUGGUCUUCCUAGUCGUCUCGAUUGCUCUGUCAUGUUGUGGCAAUCUGCGGCGGACUUUUCCAACAAACAUCAUUUUGCUUACUAUUUUCGUGAGUGCCUAUAUCCUUAGUCCCUCAGGGUUCAUGCUCAUUUCCAGACGCUCUCCGCCGCCACAAUGACCAUGUUCAUCACCGCCUGCUACAACGUUCAAUCCGUGCUCAUUUGUCUGUGCAUCACCACCGUCUGCUCGGCUUCCGUCAUUGUUUUCUCGUUGAAAACGAAAAGUGAUUUGACGAGCAAGAUGGGCAUCGCUUUCAUGCUUUCCAUGGUGCUCUUCUCGUUCGGAAUCUUUGCACUCAUCUUCACGUUGGCGUUCAAUUGGCAAUUUUUGUAUUCGAUUUAUUCGGGACUUGCCGCUCUGCUCAUGAUGUUCUAUUUAGCCAUCGACAUUCAGGUAAGCAAUGUUUCACACAAUUGUCUAACCGAUUUCUUCAAUUUUCAGCUGCUAAUGGGCGGUCGGAAGUACGAGCUCUCGCCGGAAGACUACAUUUUCGCCGCGAUGGAAAUCUUCUUGGACAUUUUGAAUAUCUUCCUGAUGCUUCUCAACAUCUUCGGAAGAGGUCGCUAG